GCUCGUCGAGGUUCGCGGACAAAGCAACUCCGGUUCUUACGCACUCUGCUAGUUUUCACUCCAUGUUAACGAUUCCACUCCACGUCAACGGUAACCGAAAUGAUCGCCGGGAUAAAAAAGCAUGUGGCUUCCACUAAAAAUAUGAAUAUAGUUUAAUCAAUUUACUCGAACCUUUCGGAAAAGUUAAUCUGCAGAUUGCGCACUUACACACUUGCUUGUUCAGAUACGGAUACACACACACACACAUGUACGCACACAUAGAUACAGUGGCUCAAAAGUGAAGUUCGCUGUUCACUGAAACAAAAAAAACAGCGCGUUUCGCAUUCGCUUAAAUUACAAAAGUAUUUUUGUUGGAGUGUGCAACUAGUGCUGUUUUUGGGAAAACGCGCCUUAAAGCCACGAAAAUAACUCCGACUUGCUGAGAUCAACUCAAAAACCAACUCCAAAAAGUUGGCGCUGGUCCAAAAAAAACAACCAGCUACACCAACAACUGGCCACUGGAAACUACAACAAAUAAAGCAGGCAGCAGCAAAAACAAAAACAACAACCCAGCAAACGGCAUUCUUUCGCGCAACAACAACGACUCCGAAGAGAGAGCAAACACACACAGAUACUGCUCUCCCGCGCGUGUGUGUAUCGUAGUGUGAGUGAAUUUUGAUUAAAAAAAUUGUGCGCUCUCCCUCUCCCACACUCAGCCCCACAACCCCCAGCCCCUCCCCCUUCCAACGACUCUGGAAUGCGGCCCGUUUGCUGUUGACUGCGCAGUCGCAGCGCACGUCGAGGAAGAGGUCGGAGAACAACAAAAACAACGCAAACGAAACGAAAAUUUUACUGUUAGGCAUUCAUCGAUAGCCGAAUCGAUAGAUUUAUACAAAAGUGUAUAAAGAGUGGGCUAAAAAUAAUUAUAACUACAACUUAAAAACUCAAUUUUUGUGGAUUACGCGAAACAUCAGCAGAAGCAGAAACAAUGCCGACAUUUGCACCGGCUUAAGCAACGUAUUUUGAACGCGCGCGCUGUAUACGGAAAAUGAUGCAGCAUGCGAGCAUUUUGCACCGUCAGCGCGCCUUUGGAAGUAUGCGCGUCUUCAGCCGAGCAACUAUCACCAGGCUCGCGAUUCCUGGCCCUGAGACUUCUGGGGCAGCAGCAGCCGAAAACAUUGUACUUCCUAGUCGAUGCCAAGAGUCGGGUUCGCGAGGUCUACACGCAGACAUGUCUGCACUUUGCCACGCAAGGGAUGCUGGACACCGAACUCUUCGGUCUGGCUGUGCUCAUAGAUGGAGAGUACAUGUUCGCAGAUCCCGAAAGCAAGCUUUCCAAAUACGGCCCGAAGAGCUGGCGAUCCUCGCACACACACGGCCUGGAUGCCAAUGGACGACCGCUCCUGGAACUACACUUCCGUGUGCAGUUCUACAUCGAGAGUCCGUCCAUGCUGAAAGAUGAGACGUCCCGCCACAAUUACUACCUACAGCUGCGCCACAACAUCCUGCAGCGCGAUUUGCCGCGAGAGCAGGCGGAGCAGGCCUUGGUCUUCCUGGCUGGACUGGCUCUUCAGGCGGAUCUGGGCGAUGCUCCGCCGGGAUCGGCUAAUUCUAAAGAUGAUUCGGGCGAGGAGACAUCGACAUCUCCGUCUGGAGGGAGCAGAGGAUUGAGUGUCACCACAACGCUGCCCAAGAUCAGCAAGCGUGCCAAUGAGAGGAUGCUGCGGCUCUCCACCUAUGUGGCUUCCACAUCGAAGAGGGAAUCGAUCCCGCUGCCACCCACUUUGCCACCGAAUGGAGCGGACUACUAUCGGAUCGAGGAUUACCUGCCCAGCGGACUGCACACUCCCUGGGCGAGAAGUGCAAUGAGAGCCUGUCACCGGGAGCAUUUGGGAAUGGCCACGGCUGAGGCCGAGCUGCUGUACAUCCAACAGGCUUGCAGUCUCCAUGAAACCAUCAAUGCUCACAUCUACAGGAUGCGGUUGGCCAAAAGCGAGCAGGGUUCGGGGAGUGCUUGGUUUGUGGUGUAUGCCAAGGGCAUCAAGAUCCUAGGGGGAGAGCGGACCACCAGCUCUUCCUCACCCGAAGCCACCACCUUUCUCUGGCCAAAUAUCACGAAGCUCUCGUUCGAGCGGAAAAAGUUUGAAAUUCGAUCCGGAGAGAGCAGGAUCACCUUGUAUGCAGCAUCCGACGAGAAAAACAAACUCCUACUGACCCUCUGUAAGGACACCCAUCAGUGGAGCAUGAAGCUGGCAGCCAGGUUGAAGGAGGUGUCCAAGCGAGAGGAGGAAGAGGCUGCCGAGUCUCAGAGGCUCCAUGCCAGUUACGCCUGUUCCAGAAGUCUGCUGCUUCCAUACAAAAGUAAAAACGAGCAGCGCAUUUCGGUGAUCUCGAGCACCAGUUCUAACACCACCUCUGGGAUUGUCAGUGAUCGAGUGCACUCCGAGGAUGAGCUGGAGAUCAUGAUCAAUACACCACCUGCUCCCUUGGCUGCUCCGUCUACGGAAAGUCUGGCCUUGGCUCAUCUUUUGGACAGACCCAGUGUGAGCAGGCAGACCUCCAGUGUGGGUCAGAUGUCCCUGAAGGAUUUGGAAGAACAACUGGCUGCCUUGAGUGUGAGGCCACCAGACACUAAUUCAAACGGAACCACUUCCAUAACGAACAUCUCUGUCCAGAGAAAUUCCAUGGGCGCUACGGCCAAUGAUUCCUCUACAGCUACAGAUUCACCGAGCUCCCAGCACAACAUUGGCUCCCAGUGCUCCUCCACCUGCAGUACCGUGGUGGUAACAUCGCCUGCCAAUGGUGGAGGUGCUUCAUCAUCAGGCGCUCCGGUUCCCGUGCACUCCACUUCUUCCAGUUUGGAGCUGGGCUUUAGUCACACCGCUCAAAACUCAGCCUUGAGCGAAACGAGUCCCGAAGAUUUUCUCUCCACAUCGGCGAGAGAGGAAACGGAGAGUGUGUCAGGGGCAUCUGGAGUCUAUACUUUAGCCCACGGAGCUCCACCCACCGAAACAUCGGGCGUCUACACCAUGCACAGUAGUGAGUUAACCGGACAAUCCUCAGAGAUGGCUGAGUCCGAAAAGAGCUCUCACUACGGUAUGUUUCAGCCCCAAAAACUAGAAGAUAACCAUGUGCCACAUCCCGAUUCUAUAGAUGGAAAGAAGCGGGAGGAAUUCAGGUUGCGAUCAGAUUCCAAUAUCAGUACGGGGAGUUCCUUUAGAGGCGAUGGCAGCGAUCCAACGGAUAACAAACAUUCGCUGCUCUCCGCCGAAGAGUUAACCAACCUGAUUGUGGGCCGGGGUACCUAUCCCAGCCGGAAAACGGUUUCCAGUACCCUCCACUCGGACUGUGAUUACGUGACCUUACCAAUGGGAAAUCAAGGAGGAGCGGAAGUGGAUCAUCCAGAACAGGAGUUGCCACCAGCACCUCCACCGCCCUACAGCGCCAGGCAUGAGAAAACUGGUCUCUGUGGCCCACCCAUCGCCAAACCAGCGCCCAAGCCCAUUGCUGUGGUGGCUCUCAAGCCGGAUACGCCACCUUGCAGUCCCCCAGUUCCACCAGCACCGCUUCCGGCACCACCAGCGGCUCUGCGAAGAAGAGAUCCACCGCCAUAUUCCAGCUCUAGCAAGCCCAGACCCACAUCCCUGAUAUCCGUGAGUUCCUCGGCAAAUCCUGCGCCCAGUGCCGCGGGCUCGAUGAGUUCAUUGAAGUCCGAGGAGGUGACAGCCAGAUUCAUAACCACCAGGCCACAGAUAAGCAUCCUGAAGGCCCACACCAGCCUGAUUCCCGAUGGGGCCAAGCCAAGCUAUGCGUCGCCGCAUCACUGCUCCUCGGUUGCCUCCUCCAAUGGAUCGGUCUGCAGUCAUCAGUUGAGUCAGCAGUCGCUGCAUAACUCGAACUAUGCCGGCAGUUCCCAGGCUUCGCUGCAUCACCAUCAUGUGCCAGCGCACCACCGACAUUCCGGAUCCGCUGCCAUUGGGAUACCAAUAGUUCCUUACGGUCUGCACAAGAGCACGGCUUCGCUGCAUCAUCAGCAGUCAUGUGUACUGCUGCCGGUAAUUAAGCCGCGACAGUUUCUGCCACCACCCCCGCCCAGUUUGCCCAGACAGCCGCCGCCACCGCCUCCGCCAAAUCAUCCCCAUCUGGCGAGUCAUCUUUACGGGAGAGAGCUGGCCAGGAAGCAAUUGGAACUCUACCAGCAGCAGCUCUACAGCGAUGUGGAUUACGUGAUCUACCCCAUUCAGGAUCCAGCGGUUAGCCAGCAAGAGUAUCUGGAUGCAAAGCAGGGAUCUCUACUGGCUGCAAUGGCCCAGGCGGCACCACCACCGCCGCACCACCCAUAUCUGGCCAUGCAGGUGUCACCAGCUAUUUACAGGAGCACCCCCUAUCUACCCCUAGCUCUGUCGACCCACUCGAGAUAUGCAUCCACCCAAAAUUUAUCGGACACGUAUGUCCAGCUGCCGGGGCCCGGGUACUCGCCCCUCUACUCCCCCUCGAUGGCCAGUCUGUGCUCCUCAUACGAUCCACCACCACCGCCGCCCCUUCAUCCGGCCGCUCUGGCAGCGGCAGCUGCGACGGGGGCCAGCGCCUCGUCCUCCUCGAUGUUUGCUCGAUCGCGAUCAGACGAUAACAUUCUGAACUCGCUCGAUUCGUUGCCCAAGGGGAAGCGGCUGCCGCCGCCACCACCACCGCCGUACGUGAACAGACGGCUGAAGAAACCACCCAUGCCGGCGCCCAGUGAAAAGCCACCUCCAAUACCCUCGAAGCCCAGUUCCAGCAUGAUGAGUCUGCUACCGCCCCGUAAGCCACCCACGCUGAAUCCGCACCACGCCAACUCACCGCUGACAAAGACCUCCAGUGGCGCCCAGUGGGCGGGUGAGCGUCCGAGGCCGGAUUUGGGUCUUGGCCUGGGAUUAAACAGGGGCAACAACAGCAUACUGGCGCAGCUGCAGGCUUCGAUGGCCGCCGAGUCGCAUGCCCAGGCUCAAGCUCAAGCGCUGGACAUUGCUUUGCUACGGGAGAAGAGCAAGCAUUUGGAUCUGCCGCUGAUCUCGGCGCUCUGCAACGAUCGCUCCCUGCUGAAACAGACCAAGGUGAUGGGUAAUCCCAAGACGGGUCAGGAGAUACCCACCUCCAGUUCGCAGUCCUUGGGAGCCACCACCAAUGGUGGUUCCAAUUCCUCUGGCGGAGGAACGCUAAGCAAGGUCAGGAAGGGAUCCACCGUAAGCCACCGUCAUCCGCAGGACAAACUUCCACCUCUGCCUGUCCAACAGUUGGCAGAGGCCAACAACUAUGUUAUCGAUCCCGCCGUCAUGAUGAAGCAACAGCAACAACAGCAGCACCACAAGACCAGCUAGACUCGUGAUGCUAACCGGGAACCGGAAACGGAAAUGGAAAUUGGGUCCAAGACAACACUCUUCUCUCUAGUUCGAUUGCUGUUCGAAGUGCUAAUGUAUUUGUGUGCCCAUGUGAAGAGAGCUUUAAUGCGUUUGGAAAUUUGCAUAGAUCGAGAAAUGUGAAGAGUUUAUAUAUUCGAUCACAGUGUUUCGAAGGGUAGAUAUUCGCUGGGCACAAGGGUGUUAAUCGUAAACCCACCGGAAAAGAUCAGUAAACAGAGCAGCAGAAACAUUUACAUCAUAACAGGAACUAACAUGCAUUUAACUAACAAAGUCAGUUUUCAGUUGAAUAGAAAAACAAAUAGGACCAGGAUAUGAGCUCUCGCAGAAUACACCUAACAGUGGACACAAAAAACAAAUCUUUUGCAGUUUUCGCACACAAAACUAAGUAAAAAAGCCGCUGAAACAACUGAUCAACACCGAGUCAAUAUUUAAACAAAUAAGACGUAGGCCUAAAGUAGCCAGUUUUACAGCCACUACAGAAGCAGGACGUCAGCAACUAAACCUCAAAUACGCAUUCAAAUAAUCAUAACCCAGUCUAGUCACAUAAGGGAAUUGGUAACGUAGCCACAGCACAAGCCACAAUGACACACCAUCGGAAACAGAGAGAGAAAAAGAGAGUAGAACAAAAUGGGAAGCAACAAUACUCAAGUAUAAAAUACGACCACUACUUAAUUAACUAAACUACAUCGUAGAACUUUAGUCUUAGCUGCAAAUACUUAGUUAGGCCAGACAUGCGAAUACUUAACACUAACUACUUCCGCCCAAACAACUGUGAUUGAUUUUUAUUUAAACUUACACUAAAUUUACAACUAUUUUAGUCAGCAAGAACAACGCAUCAUAUAGCUAUGCAAAUUUUUUAGUACGUACCAGUCGCUCCUCACACAAAACACACACAUACUCACAACGAAUCGGGCCAGCAAAUUGGUCGAGUAAAAAACG